AUGAAAUGCCUUGAAGGGCCAGGCAAGUCCUAUGGUCCCCUGGCUCCUGAGAAGGAGCUGGUGCCUAACUUCCAGUUGGAGGAAGAGGAGGAGGAGGAGGAUCUGGAUCCAGAUCCAGACCCAGAGGAGGAAGAGGAAGAAGAAGAAGAGGAAGAGAAAGAUCUCAGGGAUCCAGCUGUGCUCAGUGCUGUCCCUAACACCCAGAGAGGACAUCCAGGCUCCCCUGGAAUCAAAACCCCUGGUGUGCUGGGGAUGUCACCAGCCUCUCUGCAUUUUCUGUGGCAGACUCUCGACUACCUGUCGCCUGUCCCCUUCCGGUCUGCAUUUCCCAACGCCAGCUCUCCAGCGCGACACUUUGGACCUCGACUGCCCUCACUGGACCCAUCUCUCUUCUACAGCCCACCAACCUCAUGGACCCCUAGGUUCAGCCAUCUGACCAAGCUCCACCCUCAGCACCAACGGAUCUUGCAGCAGCAGCAGCAGCAGUGUGGUCGCACACUGAGUCCCCCAGCCAAGAAGCCUUGGUCUCAGCAGCCAGACCUCUAUGCUAACCUCAUGACCCGAAAAGAGAAGGACUGGGUGAUAAAAGUGCAGAUGGUUCAGCUGCAGAGUGAGAACCCCCGUCUGGAUGACUAUUACUACCAGGAAUAUUAUCAGAAACUAGAGAGGAAGCAGACAGAAGAAGAGCCACUUGGAAGAAGGAGUCGGGUUGAGUCUCUCAAGCUGGUAACCCCUUACAUUCAGAAGUCAGAGGCUUAUGAGUCAGUGGUUCGCAUUGAGGGUUCUCUGGGCCAGGUAGCAGUGUCAACGUGUUUUAGCCCUCGCCGAGCUAUCGAUGCUGUAUCCCAUGGAACCCAAGAGCAGGACACAGGAGCUGCAAGUAGUCAGAGGCUUUGGGUAUUAUACCUGAUUGAGAAGAUGUUUCUUCAGUUACUAGAGCUAGAGGAGGGCCAGAAGGGUGGGUCUCCACAGCCCUGCUCCUCUGAGCAGCAGAGCAACCAAGUUGAAAAGCUCUUCCAGGCCUUGAAGACCCAGGAGCAGAAUAACCUGGAGGAGGCAGCAGAUGUUUUCCUGCAGGUGCUCUCUGUGAAGAAGGGGAAAGCUCUAGUGGCUCGGCUGCUCCCCUUCCUGCCCCAGGAUCAGGCUGUUAGCCUGCUUCUGGCUAUCACCCACCAUCUGCCCUUCCUGGUCCGGAGGGAUGUGGCUGAUCAGGCCUUACAAAUGUUAUUCAAACCUCUGGGAAAAUGUAUCAGUCACUUGACCUUCCGUGAACUCCUCCAAGGACUUCAGCGAUUAAUUCUGCUACCUCCUGGCUCCUUAGAGCGGCCGGUCACUGUAGCCCUUCAGAAUCAGUUUGGAAUAUCUUUGCUCUAUGCCCUGCUGAGUCAUGGGGAACAGCUGAUAUCUCUGGAUUCUUCUCUAGAGGAACUGAACAGUGAGCACACAGCUUGGACAGACAUGGUAGUUCUGAUAGCCUGGGAGAUAGCCCAAAUGCCUACAGGGUCUCUGGCAGAACCCUUAGCCUUCCCCAGCAACCUUCUUCCUUUGUUCUGUCAUCACGUGGACAAACAGUUGGUGCAGCAGCUGGAGGCCAGGAUGGACACCGGCUGGGAAUGUAACGCGAUAGUCACGAGACAGGACUCACGCACAAAUACACUGCGCAUGCUCAGGAGCAAAUCCCAGCGCUUGCAGCCGAGUACUGAGUGGGUCGGCCGCUGGUAA